UACAUAAAAGCCUCCUGAACGCACAAAAACGGACAAACUCUCUUCAACCUGCAUCGAGAAAGAAAAACAUGCAGGCUCUUUUCCAGCUUGGAGUUUUGCUUCUAAUUUUAGGAGCGGCGCAGUGUAAGGAUCAGCUCCUCAGCGACAAAGACCUCGAGGUUUACACGUACGAGCGCGAUCUGCAGGAAGAAGACGGCGUUCCUGGUUUGUGUCAUGUGUGUACAAAACUCGUGGGUCAAGUCCUUAAAAUGAUUGGAAAUGAAGUCUCAAAGAACAGCAUCGAUCAGGCUCUUAACAAAGUGUGUGAAAAACUGAAAGUUAUACAAAGCCCUUGCAAGAAAUUGAUUAAUAAAUACAGAGGAAAGCUGGUUAACAUCAUCAUGUCUACAAGGCAACCCAAGAGAGUCUGCAAACUUCUGAAACUGUGCAUAUUCCAUGAAAAUAAAAUGUAAGACAUUUCUAGAUACAGUGGAACCUCGGCAUACGAAUAUCCUGUCUUAUGUAUUUUCACCUUAAGAAUUGAAUUUUGCAAGCAAUUUGCUUUGGCAUACGAAGCAUUUUCGGCAUACGAACAGAACCAAACCAAACACCGGCUAAGUUUCGCGUACAUCCGAGAGCCGUUCAAAACGUGUUAGCGUCAGUGAAAAGCCAAGCGAAGCAAACUGAAGAGAGUUUACGAAUUUGUUUUUCAGUCAGUGAAAGCUGUUAGGAAAGAGUCAACCCACGAUACCAACGUUACCUUCGGCAUGCGUUCAAAAGCUAGCUGAUUUUUCAGGUGUUUUUUUGUUGACAGAUUGGUGGCGUGGUCUGUUCUAUUUUUAGCCCAAGCUUGGUGGCACGACUUCCUGUGAGGACCCUUGACAUGGAAUGCUUGGCUUGGGUCAGUUCUUUGUAAGCAGCCGUACAGUUUCCAUACGCUUCAUAUUGGGAAUAUUGCUCAUAUUUUUGGACAGCUGGAACGGAUUAUCUGCAUUUACAUUAUUCCUUAUUUCUAAAAUUCGUUUCACAAUACACAUUUUCACCUUAAGAACCAAUUCAAUUCCUAUGCUGAGGUUCCACUGUAUUCUCAUUCUGCUUGUGCUUAUUCCGUGUAUUUCUUCAAAAAUGUCCGGACAUUUGGGUA